UUUACUUAUGCGUGAUUAUUUCACGGUAAACGAGUUAUCUUUUAUAAGCCUUAUUUUGUUUAAAUUUCCGUGAAGCAAGAAGUUUACACCCUUGUUAUUUUUAAGAAAGGUGACUAACGUUAGAAGGUAACUUCCGGGUCUUUACCCUCAGACAUUGAGGUCUACUGAUGUGUGUUGUACAAUUAUUUGACGUGGCACGAUUUGAUGUGUUUGUAUCAGUGUAUGAUAUUUUGUUACGCUUCAGGCUAAGCAUCGAUAAGACAAAAAAAUUUUGCAAGAGUAUUUUUUUUUCAUUUUUAGAAUAAGGAUACAAUAAGUAGGUAACCUCAAUUAGGUUGAAGCUUAGGGGCAAUUGGGCUGAGGUUACAUUUACAAGUUACACGUUGUACCGUGUCAGUGACAGAGCAAGCCUCUGGAGAUAGAGCUUACAGUUAGUCAGAUGUUAUAAUUUCUUUUAUGUUAUAUUACAGGGUAAACCAUUCCUUAAUAAUAACAAAGCCGAAUGAACAGCAUAUGUGAUGAGGUACAGUUGAAACUUUUGUAUGUUCGGAAAGAGAAGGCCAUAUCUUAAAGUUUUUAAAAAGCCCGACUUAACGGUCAGUAAUUAACCUCUUACUUAGUCUUACCUUGUCACUGACAGUAAUAUGUAUUUAAAAGUCGUUAUUCUCGUGAGUAAAUAUCAGCUGCAUAUAGCCUAAUGUUAGAAGAAUGGUAGACACCGUGAAUAUGUUCGUAAAGCUAAACUUGAAUUUGUACAAAGUCACUGACAGAUUGUCCUAUUUCUGUUUGUUUCAUUAAUUGUGGCUUUGUUGGUCAGAGAAGGAUGUUGUAAAAGUCUUUAGAGAUUGAGAUCUUUAUUUAAGCAAUAAAAAUGCACGGAGAUCCAGGUAUAUUGUGUUUCCAACAUUGCAAAAGAGAAGCAAAAAUUUUUUGUUUUAAACUGCCUAAAACAUGCCGCUUAUGCGGUGGUGAUCUUGAAACAUCAGAGUUGAGAAUACCGCCAUUUCGCGUCCCUUAUCCAUUUAUUUCUGCCAAAAAUGUACCAUGCUGUGUUGUGAUUAAGCCAACAACAGGAAACUUCUUAUGCAAUUAUCGAAACUCUUCAGAUCUUCACAUUGGUGUUACUAGUUCUGAAGGUGAUGUCUAUGAAUUUGAUAAGGAGGGUCUCCUGACAGGAAAGAAUGAAGACUGGGUUGAAUGUUUAGCAGUUCCAGUUGUUGCUAAGUAUGACAACACUUGGAAGGAAUUCUGGGAUUACACUCUUCAGGUUGUAAGCACUCAAGAAAAGUGGGACUGCAGCCGAUAUCAUGAAGAGAACCACAACUGCUACACUUUUGUUCUGACAUUUCUUAGAACAUUACAGCUGAAGGAGUUGAAAUCAUCUCUUCAGAAUAAAAUGCGAUUCUGCAUGGAUUUUAUCAUCCCUCGCACUCGUGGUGCAGCCAAAUAUAUUGCUCUUUUCCGCAUCUUGCAGAAAGAUGGCGUUUGUGUUCAGUGCUAGUAUUGUAAGUGGUAGACGGUAUAGUUUAUCAAGAUGCUCGGUCCACGGCAGUGGUUUGUUUUUAAAAGUAAGAUUUUUACUAAUUCUACAUAAUGUAGUGGAUAUUUAUGUUCUCUUACUGAAUAUUUAGAGCAUUAUUUUAAAUGAUAUUUGUGUUUGUUCCUAGACUUCAUCUCUUUUCUAUAAUCAUUUUCAAUGAAUGUUUUAACAAAUUUUACAUAUACGUAUGUAUCCCAUUAGAAAAUUCUGGUUUUAUUCACAUAUGCAUUAGAAAUAAUGUUGGCUUGGUCAUAUCUGUGAUACCUCUCUUGACAUUCAGACGUGCCAGAAUUAAUUAAUGUUUUAAUACACUUGAGGUUAAAAUUUACGUGUAAGCGUAGAAGAUGCGAAGGUUGGUAAACGUAAUCCUUGUUCAACAAAUUAAAUGUCUUAACAGUUAUUUACUGCAGAUGCAUUAUUUAUAGUCUGUUGUUCAAAACUGGUACAACAUAACUUGUUGACCAAGCUGUCUUUCAAAAUAAAACACUAGUUUAACAGUAUAUUUUUUGUACUUCUAGUUGAACUUUUAGUGUUAUAGAUAGGAAUAUCUCGGUGAUAUACUGAACAAAUGUUGAAAUUCCUACAUUUGUCUACUUGUUGAAAAGAAAUGGCUUUUUACAAUUUAACUGUCAUACAAAAAUAAUCCUCCUAUCCACAAGUGUAGUUAAUACAGUAUGUUAUUUUUAUUAGUAGUUCGUACCUAUUUAACUUUCAUAUGAACUUUUGCUAUUUAUUUAAUGUCUGCCUGGUGCAGAUACUCUAUGAAUGUGGAGCAUUAAGAGUUAGAAAUAUUUUCUGAAAAAUAAAUAUGGUAUUUUAGAAAACUCGUUGAAUUGUCUUGUUAUUCACCUGAUAAUUUACAGGCUGCAAAUGUGGCCACAAAUAAUUGGUGCUUGAAACGUGAAGUGAAAAUCAUGCAGGUGUCUCUUA